AUGAACGAACAUCAAGCUGGAGAAUAUCGAAGAACGGAGGCCAUUUUCGACGGACUCCUCGUCGACCUGGACGGGACCCUCAUCGACUCAACGGAAGCGGUCGUCAAGCAUUGGGCAGAUGUAGGGAAGAAAAUUAACGUCGACACAAGAGUCAUCCUCGAGAUGUCGCAUGGUCGUCGCAGCCUUGAUGUGUUGCAACUCGUGGCGCCAAGUUUCGCUAACUGGGAUUUCGUAAGGUCCAUUGAAAGCGUGAUUCCGGUCAAUCACGGUCACCUGGCCAAGGAAAUUCCAGGUGCUGUCGACUUCCUUUCCGCUCUCGCCACCCAUUCUGUACCCUGGGCUCUUGUGACGUCGAGCACGCUACCACUCGUACAACAAUGGCGAGAAACGCGGAAGCUACCACUGCCGAUGGCGCAAGAACUCCUCGUCACGGCAGAGUCUGUGGAGAACGGCAAGCCGGAUCCUGCUGCUUACGUCCUGGGACGUGAAAGACUCGGCAUGGUUGACGAACGCUUCGAUAUGCUUGUCAUUGAAGAUAGCCCCGCGGGCAUUGCGGCUGGCAAGGCAGCUGGUUGCAAGGUUAUCGGCUUGCUCACUAGCCAUACGUAUGAGCAGAUUGCGCCAUCGGCCCCCGACUGGAUCUUGCAGGAUCUGCAGUCGCUGAAGAUCUUGCGAAAUACGAAUGGAAAGGUAGUGGUUGAGAUGCUCCUUGUGAGGAACAAAGUAUAA